AUGGGGCUGGUGUGGUGGUUUUCCUCUCCAGAGGGAGAUCUGGGGACAAGAAUCCUCUCAGGACCUUACCCGAGAUCUGCUUUGUGCUGGAUAAAACUCAGUGAUGAAAACGAACGGUUACUCAAGAAGCUGAAAAAGCUGCAAACGAAAAAUAAGGAGCUGGAAAAUAAUUUGGCUCAGAUUCAAGAAAAACUGCGUCUGCAGCAGUUAAUGCGUGACUAUGUCACGAACAGGGAUGUUCAGGUUCAAACAGAAACACACUUAUGGCAUAAAGGUGGAUACAGCAAGGAUCUUAAUCUAGAGGGUGAAAGUGUCAGUCUACUACAGAUGUAUAAUAACCUACAGAAGCGUUUUGUUAAAGAAAUCAAAACAAACCAGGAACAAAGUGAAGCAAUUGCAAAUCUCACUAUUAAAAUUCAUGAGCUAGAGCAUAAUCUUCAGGAACAGAGGCAAAGAAUUGAGCAAUUGGAACGUAAAAAGGUUUCUUGGAAAACUGGUGCUGUUUCUAGAAAAAGAAGUCAAACUCCAGAGAAGGAAGUAACGUCUUGCAAAGACGUAUCUAAAAAGAAGGAAUCCUGUUGCACGAAGUAUUUAGAGCUGUUGCUGAAGGAGAUUAAAAAGCUGAAGAAAGAAAAUGAAAAGUUGUCUACAGAAAGGAGAACACUAAAAAAUGAAUUAGCUGGAUUAGACAAGGAUUUUUUUGAAGAGAUAGAAGAUCUAAAGCACGCAGUACAGGAAUCUGUCAAACUGAACAACCAGUAUGAAAAGUGCUUGAAACAAAUAACUGUUAUGUAUGGACUUCCUUUUACAGCACAUUUGUAACUACUAAUUAGUCUGAUGGCAAGUAGGUUUUCUACAUGUUUUUCAUACUUACUGCAACAUUGAAACCUAACACGGUUCAUGUAGUACCACGUUUUGAUAAUGCUAUGAGUUCAAUAAUAUGAUCUAAAUGUAGCAACCUAUUCUGAUUUUUUUUUUUAUCUUAUGUAUUUGAUUUUGUUUAUAUAGUUUAAAAAUAAACUGUGGUCUGUAUAACUUCAA